UGUGCUGCAGUCGGCCUGCCCUGUCUGCCUCAGAGCCUGCUGGGAGUCGGGGGGAGAAACCUUCGAGGGAGAGCGAGCAAAGGGGGGAAGUGUGUAUGUGUAUGUGUGUGUGUGUUUAUGCGAGUCCCAAACUGGAAACCACUACCAAAAAGCACACACGCCAGAUCGACUUUAAAGCCCUACGGACGGGAUACUGGCACUCCUUUAGUAAUAACUGUUAAAAACCCUCCACGGAGAGCCUGAAACUUGCGCGAGUGUUUUUUCUUCUUCUGUGGUAGCGGCAGUGCUGUUGCGCCGUGCCGACUGCUCUGAUACUUGAGCGGAUUCAUUGGUUGGAGCAGCAUUGCGCAUUGGACCCGCUGUAUAUCUCCCUACCGCUUAUCCAGAGGUUAGAGGAACAAUGAAGAACUAACGUAAACGUUUUCUUCUCGCUCCAAGUCGAGCAUGUUGCAGACUUAAAUCCUUUCAAAGUGUCAUUUUGUCUCGCGCCGCUUCUUUCCCUCGCGCGUUCAUUUUUCUUGUCCUGUGUGGGAUGCGUAGGCUGCUGUAGGAUUAAAAAAGAAGAAGUUUACAACAAGCUUCGGACACAAGAAGACAGAAAAUGUCCACGCCGAGGUUCAAAAAGGAUAAAGAAAUCAUCGCGGAUUACGAGAGUCAAGUGAAAGAGAUUCGGGCCCAGUUGGUGGAGCAGCAGAAAUGUCUGGACCAGCAGACAGAGAUGAGGGUCCAGCUGCUGCAGGACCUCCAGGACUUCUUCAGGAAGAAGGCAGAGAUUGAGAUGGAAUACUCCAGAAACCUGGAGAAACUGGCCGAGCGCUUCAUGGCAAAGACUCGCAGCACCAAGGAUCACCAGCAGUACAAGAAAGACCAGAACCUGCUGUCCCCAGUCAACUGUUGGUACCUGUUGCUGAACCAGGUGAGGAGGGAGAGCAAGGACCACGCCACACUGAGCGACAUCUACCUCAACAAUGUCAUCAUGAGGUUCAUGCAGAUCAGUGAGGACUCCACACGGCUGCUCAAGAAGAGCAAGGAAAUAGCCUUUCAGCUCCAGGAAGACUUGAUGAAGGUCCUAAAUGAGCUAUACACAGUGAUGAAGACCUACCACAUGUACCACUCGGAGAGCAUAAGCGCCGAGAGCAAGCUGAAGGAGGCUGAGAAGCAAGAGGAGAAGCAGAUCGGCAGGGGGGAACCAGUCUUCAGCAUCCGAAUGGAGGACAAAUACCAGAGACGCAGCUCCGUGAAAAAGAUCGAGAAGAUGAAAGAGAAGCGUCAAGCCAAGUACUCCGAGAACAAGCUGAAGUCGAUCAAAGCGCGGAACGAGUACCUACUGACACUGGAAGCAUCAAACUCCUCCGUCUUCAAAUACUACAUCCACGACUUGUCGGACUUAAUUGACUGCUGCGAUUUGGGGUACCACGCCAGUCUGAACCGGGCCCUGCGGACCUACCUGUCAGCCGAAUACAACCUUGAGACAUCACGCCACGAGGGUCUUGACAUCAUUGAGAACGCCGUGGACAGUCUUGACCCACGCAGUGACCGACAGAGGUUCAUGGAGAUGUUCCCUACAGCCUUCUGCCCACCGGCAAAAUUCGAGUUCCAGUCUCAUAUGGGAGACGAGGUGUGUCAGAUCUCAGUGCAGCCCCCGGUGAACGGAGAGCUCAUCCUGAGGUUCCAGCAGCUUCAGUCUCGCCUGGCUACUCUAAAGAUCGAGAAUGAAGAGAUCAAAAAGACGUCGGAGGCCACUCUGACCACAAUCCAGGACAUGGUGACCAUUGAAGACUAUGAUGUGUCCGAGUGUUUCCACCACAGCCGAUCUACAGAGUCGGUCAAGUCCACUGUGUCGGAGACGUACCUCAGCAAACCCAGCAUCGCCAAGAGGAGGGCCAACCAGCAGGAGACAGAGCAGUUCUACUUCAUGAAAUUCCGGGAGUUUCUGGAGGGCAGUAAUCUCAUCUCCAAACUGCAGGCCAAACAUGACUUGCUGAAGAGGACACUUGGUGAAGGCCACAGAGCCGACUACAUGACCACAAGACAUCCCAAUGGUCCGCUCAAAACCCACACCGGAACCCGGCGGGCUAGACCCUGCUCUGUUUUUAAUGUUAGGUUAUUUAAUGGCAAUUUGGAGUCAUUUAUUAAGGACUCUGGACAAGCUAUCCCCCGUGUGGUUGAAAGCUGUAUCCGCUGCAUAAAUUUGUAUGGCCUUCAACAUCAAGGAAUAUUCCGUGUAUCUGGAUCCCAGCUGGAAGUCAAUGACAUCAAGAACUCUUUUGAAAGAGGAAACGACCCCCUGACAGACGAUGAGAACGGUCACGACAUCAACUCUGUGGCUGGCGUUCUCAAACUUUAUUUCCGUGGUCUGGAGAACCCUCUUUUCCCCAAAGAGAGGUUCAGUGAUCUGCUGUCUUGCAUCAGGGUAGAAAACCUGUAUGAGAGAGCGUUGCACAUCCGUAAGAUCCUCCUGACCAUUCCCAGAUCAGUCCUCAUUGUCAUGCGCUACCUCUUCGCCUUCCUCAACCACCUGUCCCAGUACAGUGACGAGAACAUGAUGGACCCGUACAACCUGGCCAUAUGCUUCGGCCCCACGCUCAUGCCCACGCCAGAAAGCCAGGACCAGGUCUCCUGCCAGGCCCACGUCAAUGAGAUCAUCAAGACCAUUAUCAUACACCAUGAGACCAUCUUUCCUGAUGCCAAAGAACUGGAUGGGCCCAUCUAUGAGAAGUGUAUGGCUGGAGGAGACUACUGUGAAAGCCCCUACAGUGAGCAUGGAGCCCUGGAGGAAGUAGAAAAUGAGGGAGGGACAGAGACACACACCAGCGAGGACGAGGGCGAGCCCAUUGAAGCCAUUGCCAAGUUCGACUACGUUGGGCGCUCCUCCCGAGAGUUGUCCUUCAAGAAGGGCGCUUCCCUUCUGCUGUAUCAGCGGGCAUCAGAAGACUGGUGGGAGGGACGGCACAAUGGCAUCGAUGGCCUGGUUCCACACCAGUAUAUUGUGGUCCAAGACAUAGAUGACAACUUCUCAGACACUCUGAGUCAGAAGGCAGACAGCGAGGCCAGCAGCGGCCACGCUGUGGAGGAUAAAUUCCCGGGAAAAGACAUCAGCUUGCCCUCUGACACCAGGAUCUCUGAGGCCUACAUCGCCAGCAGGCACAAGAAAAGAUCCGACCCUCCAUCUCGGCGGCCCCCUGCCCGCCCCAGUGAUGUCCACUGCAUGGUGCAUCCCUCCCAGCAGGGUCACGGAGGACAUGGAGGCACCCCUGAGAUGGGCUCCCCGGUCCUAGGCCACUUCAGCCCCCGGGACAUGCUGCGGAGUCGCAACCACAUGCUGGUGGACAGCCCUGAGCGCCGCCGCCGCACUGGCCACGGCAGUCUGACUAACAUCAGCCGCCACGAGUCGCUGAAGAAGAUUGAGAGCCCCCCGAUCCGCCGCUCUACCUCCUCGGGCCAGUACCCAAGCUUCACUGACGCCCACCACCACCACCACCACCACCACCACGCCGGCAAGCCCCUGGAUCCGGAGACCAUCGCACAGGACAUAGAAGAAACUAUGAACACUGCUCUGAAUGAGCUGCGCGAGCUGGAGCGGCAGAGCUCAGCCAAGCACGCCCCCGACGUGGUGCUGGACACCCUGGAGCAGCGGCAGACCUCCGGCGGGAGCGGCGGGGGUCCCACGCCGGCCAGCUCCAGCGAGUCCCUCAGCCCCAUCCACGGCGUCAUGCUGAGGUCCGCCGCCAACACUGAGCCACCCAUUCGCCGCAGCACCAGCUCCUCCAGUGAUACCAUGAGCACCUUCAAGCCUCUGGUAACGCCCCGCAUGGGGGUGCAACUCAAACCCCCCGCCUUGAGGCCCAAGCCCAUGGUCCUGCCCAAGUCCAGCCAGGCCCCACAUCCUCCAGCUACUUCUGCUCAGGACCCUCUGGACAAGUCCUGCACCAUGUAGCCUCUCUGUCACAGGAACCAGAGAUGGAAAACAAAAAC